AUGGGACUCUGCAAGCUCACCACCUUUGCCCUCCUGGCGCUGCGUGCCGUCAGCGUCUCUGCUGCCGAUGCCGUCGAAGAGGGAGCCGCCAGUCCAUCCGCGACCCCCAACCUGGCCGUGUCAGCCUCUGCCUCGUUCCCCAACUCCGAGGUCUUCGGCGUGAAGCUCAUCAACGGCCAUGCAACCAAGGCCGUCCUGGACUUCACCAACAGUGAACCGGAGCCGGUCACCAUUGCCCUCGUCCGCGGCUCCUUGUCGACCCUCAAAGCGCUGCCCGCAGAUGCGCCGCUCAGCGCUGCUAUCGUGCGCAAUCUGACGGCCACCCGAUACGGCGUGGAGGUUCCCGCUGGCACCAAACACACCAUCCCGUAUACCUUCACGACCGAUAUGAACCCCAUCGACCUCCGUCUCAACCUGAUUGCGGUUGUCUCGAGCAAGGCGGGGACCGUGUACCAGAUCCAGGCUUUCAACGAGACGGUCAGCAUCGUCGAGGCGCCGACCAACAUCUUUGAUCCGCAGAUCAUCUUCCUCUACCUGAUCCUCCUCGCUGCAUUCGUCGGCACCCUCUACUUCGCCUACAAGUCCUGGAUCGAAACCCUCUUCCCACAAGCCAAGCGCGGAGGCAAGGGUGGGGAACGCGCGAAGCGCUCCUCCGGAGGCUCCAAGAAGGCGGUCCCUGUCGAGGAGCAGGUGUCUGUGAUCGGAGCGGAUGGGCCGGCGGUCACCACUGCGGUGGAGGCCCAGAAGGCGUACGACGAGAGCUGGAUCCCCGCCCACCACAUCAACCGCCCGAAUGCCAAGCGCGUCAAGAGCGGCGCAUCGACCAAGAAGUCCAAGUUCAUCGAGUAG